AACAGAGCAGUCAUUGGCUUCUCCAGCUCUGGCGACUUUUGUUCCCUUGGCUGGCACAUUCACUAAAAUAUGUUCUCCUACAUAAUUAUUGUUAUUUUUUUGUUCUACUCCUACCUGAUUAUUGGAAUUAUCUCACUUCUAUUUUGUCAAAAACAUCAUCUCUCUCCAUUGCAUAGCUUGUGGGGGUAAGAGUCUGUUGUUUUCAUCACAAUGGGAGGAAGUUCUUCUAAGAAUCAAACCGCUAAAAAUAAGUUAGUGAAUCCUUACUCCCAGAGUGGCGUGAAAGGAUAUCCCUAUGAGAGGCAACACCAACAACAGCCACAUGAGUUGCAGAAGCAGAGGAAGAUGCUAACUCCACCACAAUCACAGGAGAGCAAGGACAAAGAGAAUCAGGAGCCUGGCACACAACAGAGCAUGCAGUCUAGGUUCGGUGGCUAUUCGAGCAGUGAGGAAGAGUUUUAUGAUGGUAUCCCGAGGUUUCACAGGAGCUCUUCACGAAAACCUAAACCAAGGAGGGUUGCAAAGGCUCCUAAAUGUUGUAGGUUGCAGAAGUAAGUUCUCGUCUAGGUAGAGCUGGAAGUGUUGGAC